AUGAUUGCUAGACUGACCGAGCGUAGGUUACACAACGAAAUCCAAACUCUAGAGAAGGUUCAUUUCGUUCAACGUGAAAAAGUCUCAGAAGCGAAGAAAUUGCGUCCCAGGAUGAAGCACAUCCCAAUGCACAAGGUAUUGAGAAAAGCAAAUGAUAAUCUUCGACUGGCUAAGACGACACUCGAAGACCAUAUCCAAGCCGAGGCCAUCCGUAGCUGUCACUCACUCUGCGAAGCAGCCAUUGAGAAGCUACCACAAGAGCUACGCGACAUGAUUACUGAAUUUCUGGUCACCGAUGAAGAUGUGGCUUUCUUUAUCGGCAAGGACAACAAGCUCAAGAUCGCGCACGGCCUUGACAAUCCCCAGCACUGCUACGACCCAGUGUACACUGGUUCCAACUUCCACACGGACAUACUCAAGCAACUCGUGACGGGAACAAGAUGCUUUCAUUUUCGUUCCCGUCAUGAGUUCCUGGAGAUGUUCUUCGACGCGUACAUUUGCAGCAACGAGUAUGGCCAUCUCGCUCUCAACACCAAGGUCACAAAGCUGAGCCUGGCGAUAUCGGAGAAUUGUUUGAAGAACCGCGCGACGCUGCGAAGCAACCUUGAAUAUCUCUCCAUAUUUCCAGCACGAACUCUCUUGAACUUCAUAAUUCAGACCCCGUCUACUUUGGUUAUUCGUCAAUUGGCGCGUCAACUUAGGCACUUGGUGAAUAUCAUCGGUCCGUGCACACUGCCUCUGCACAACAGCGGCUAUGAUGUCAACAUGGUUAUCAACCCCGAGUAUCGCUCUUCCAACGUCAAAAACAACAGCGACAGUACCUUUUCAUUCCCAGUCGUCGACAAAUCAGAGGCUGUGAUGAAGAUUCGAGGUAACAAAUUCGACGUGUGGUUAUCCCAUGAGCGGAUUUUGUCCCUGGAACUUGAUUAG